AUGAGUCAAGGCGAUCGAGCUCAUCGCAAAGGAGUUUCUACUUCGCUUGCAUCAUCAAAUGCGCACUUGAGAGCGCUUCAUGUCGACCUCCAGCGAUCUGUGGGAUCUGCGGACAGCAAGUACUCGCUCCGCGACAACUCCGUGAUAUCCGAGGAUGAUGGAGAGCGGCGCGGAGACGAUCUUCCUAGCGUCAUGUACGGCGGCAGAAAGUUUGCCACCCUCGACGGCACAUACUACAUGUCGGAGAGGACAAGCAGCAACGAAGACUGCCAGACACAAGCCUUGCGGCUGCCGAAGGGCUGGGCCAUCGCUCCGGAUGACUGGCUAUCGAGAGAAGUCAUCAGUCAGUACACUUGGGGAACCGAUUACAUGUUGGUCGAAAGCGGCUCAUACUAUCGCACAAACUGCUGGUAUUGCUCCAAUGGAGGCUCCUCUCUACGCAGCAGCGACGGCUUGUACUGGCCGGCGUCUUGCAACAUGCGGAUACUGAUCGUGUACGUGGGAUGCCCGCAAGGUCAGACCCCAGACUUCUGCUCCACGAGGUAUCGAGACUCCGCGACUGCCGACCCAGCGCCUGCGCACUUCCAAGGCCCUCCGAAUGCGACGAUCCUCAACACGUCCUACCUCAAGUCAGACCUGGCGGUAGGAAGAAAUUGGUCCUACAUCCUCUCGCCAAGCUCUGUCGAUGACGGGAGCUGGAGAGUGCCGGACCUUGGGUUUCCCUUCUGCGUGGGAGGCAACAACGUGCAAUCAUCGGUGUACAUAUCGUCCAAUAGCUACCUGACCUUCGGACAAGCCUGGUCGACCUACACCUCCCUGUCAGCCAGCAAUCCUUACGUCCCGACUCUGUUUGUCGGAGCUGGAGACACUUCAGCCCAGCUGAUCGUCGGGACCCCCACCAGGGAGGGAGACAUGCGGGGAUACGUGGUGAGGUUCGAGGGGACCUCGUCUACCUCGGGGCUCCCGGGGCAUCCGAAUCUCAUCUUCGAGGUGACUUUCUUUGCCAACAACACCUUGCGGGUCGCAAUCGGCUUGCAGAACACCUACUUCUCGACCAUGUACAUGAUGAGCGACGGCAGGGGGUCAACUUUGACGUCUUUCUCCAUGCCCGACCGUGAGGCUCGUCUGCUUGUCUCUGGUGUGCCGUCGCCGUAUGUGAUGCUUGACUUGCCGUGCGUGCUGUGCAACAACUCCAUCCCUCCCAACUCCAUCUACUCCUCCGACUUCUCUACGGCAUCGCAGUCGUGCGAUUGGAUAUGCCAACCCGGGUUCCACCUCAAAGGCGAGAGCUGCGCUGAGUGCGAAGGGAAGCCCAGCAACGCCAGCUACUCCAACGAGCUCUGCGGGUGGACGUGCGACGUUGGCUUCUACAAGUCAGGGAGCAUGUGCAUGCCCUGCACCAAGAGGCCGGCCAACGCUGUGUUUGUGUCGGCAGGGCGCGGGGAGGGGGCGGACUCCUGUGCCUGGCAGGAGGUAGUGGAAGAGGAGGGGUACGUGUUCUCGACUCUUGGCGGGUACGGUCCUACGUCGCAGUACUCCAUGUGGAGCUGUGUGUCGGAAUGGCAGGAGUACCUGCCGCUGCCUGCGGGCUGGUCGAUCGCUCCGGACAACGAGAUCAGCAUCAACGUCACCGCCAAGUACGACUGGGGAGCUCUUCGGCUUGUGCUGGACAGCAGCUCGAGCUACUUCACCAACAGCGUCAUGUCAGGAGAUAACUGGUAUUAUUGGUAUUGGUACUACUGGCAAUACCCGGGCUCGUACUACAGUAGCGGCUAUCUCUCGACGUAUGACAGAGUUUACUAUCGCUCGUCAGAUUGCGAAGCUCGAGUUCUGCUCCUCGCUCCCGUAUGCGCAUCGGGCUACAUGGCCGUCGCUCCUGCAGCCUCUGCAAGCGGAUCGACGAACGCGUCUCGCUGUGUCCCAUGCUCCAACACCAUCCCUUCCGGCGCACAGUACGUGCUCUCGCCCUACCCUCAGGAGGCGAGCAGCUGCGGGUGGAGCUGUCAGGUUGGCUUCUACCCGUCAGGCUCGACGUGCUCCAAGUGUGCGGGCAAGCCUUCUGCUGCCGUCUACGUGGGCGGCGGGCUGAUGGGCAAGGCAGACAGCUGUGCUUGGAGCUGCUUGCCGGGCUACCGCGAGGUCGACGGAUGGCGAUGCGAGGCCUGCGCGUCUUCGCUGCCUCCCAAUGCUCACUGGGAGGGGUCAGGCUGCUCGUGGGCGUGCGACUUUGGUUAUCGUCAGAGCGGGAGCAGCUCUUGCGACGACAUCACCGUAGGAUACAACGGACAGCGCUAUGCGAGCUUGGGAGGGAGGGCUCCCUACGACAGCUCGACCUGCAGCUGGGAGGUAGCGAGAGCUCUGCCGGAGGGGUGGAUGAUAGCGCCCAACACAGGCGACAGCAUCUCUGUGGUAUCUCAGUACCCGUGGGGGGCCAGCAAUGUCGUGCUGGAGGACGGGACGGCAUGGAACACAGGAUACGGAGGCAUGUGCUGUACGUCGCGACUGUACAGCUACGACGGGAUGUUCGUGUCAAGAGACAGCUGUGGGACGGUGCUGGUGGUAGCAGAGGACUGUCUCGCGGGCUACUACAGGGAUCCCUCCAACAUGACCCGCUGCAUUCCGUGCAGCAGCUACAAGCCUAAUCACGCCACCUACAACAGCAGCGGCUCGCCUGCAAACAAGAACAAUUGCGACUGGCGAUGCGACGCCGGCUAUUACAGGGAUGCUUACGGGAGCUCUUGUGUCGCCUGCUCGGUAGCCCCUCCCAAUGCUGUGUACACCACGAGCGAGCCCGGAGAGAGCUGCAGCUGGACGUGCCAUGCAGGCUACUACCUCCAAGACGGGGCAUGCAAAGCCUGCGAGACGAGUCUGCCAGAGUUCGCCUACUUCACAGCAGGCGAAGUCAGCGGGAGGCAGUGCGAGUGGUCAUGUCGGUUCGGGUAUGUGAGGAGCAACGGAAGGUGCGUCGGGACCAAGUACGCCGGAAGAUACUACACGACUCUGAGCGGCAGAGCUCCCAACGACCCCUACACCUGCCGUGACGAUCCGUACUUGCCGGUACCGGCAGGAUGGGAGCUCGCCCCCAACGACCAAGACAGUCAGUACGUCACUUGGUACUUCACCUGGGGAUCGAACUACUUGGUGUUUUCAGAUGGCUCUCUGUGGUACACAGCUCGCAGCACUAGCUCUACCAGUCCGCAGCAAUGCUGCUGGGGAUAUCUGAGCUCCUACAACGGCAUGUACAAGGCAAAUGGUUGUGACAAGGGAGUUCUGCUGAGGUCUACUGAAUGUGCCCCGGGAUAUCUCAAGAGCGGCUCAAGCUGUGUGCCCUGCAGUAACGCGCUGCCUGCCAACUCGUCAUAUGGCAGUCUUAUAGCAGCAGACAACCAGCUCAUCUCCACCUGUGCAUAUGUGUGUAACGCCGGCUACAAGCAGCAAGCCGAUCAUUGUGUAGCUUGUGACCGAGCGACGCUGCCAGCCCAUGCUGAGUAUGUCCAGUUGACGAUGAGACACGAAAUCGAGUACGAGUGCCAAUGGCGAUGCAGCGCGGGCUACCUCCUCAAGGACGGUCAGUGCGUCGCGUGCGAGGACAGGAAGCCGCGGGCGGCUCACUGGCUGCGGGAGGGCAGCAGCGGGACGGCAUGCGGCUGGGCGUGCGACUUCGGCUACUUCGCGUCGGCAGACGGAGACUGUCUGCCGCUGCGCUCGUACGGCAACCGAUACUACGCCGCCCUCGACGGCUCUCCCCCAUGGAACUGGGAAAAUAGUGACUACUACUACUACUACUACAACUGCAAUCAAGGGCUGAAGGCGAUCCCGGCAGGCUGGGCGAUAGCUGCGAACACCUGGGACAGCCGCAUGACAGCGUGGAUGUACCCUUGGCGCUCCUGCACCCUAAUGAUGUCUGACAGCACUACCUGGUACAGCUCUCGGUGUUAUUCGUCGUCGUCGCCUCAGUCUACCUGCUGCUACUCGCUGGUGUCAUACGACGGCAUGUACAGGUCGUCAGAAUCGUGCGGGUCGAUCCUGCUCGUGUCGCAGUACUGCGCGGCGGGCUACUACCUCCGUAACGACUCGAGCUGCGGCAACUGCUCUAACCCCAUCCCCCCUCAUGCCCUCUACGUCGCCCAGCAGGACCCCAGCCGCUACGCCGACAGCGUCUGCCCGUGGGCCUGCGAGCCCGGCUACACGCGACGAGGCGAGGCGUGUCAGGCGUGCGAGACGGCGCCGGAGCACGCGGAGUACGUAGCGUACGGGCCGGGAGGGGUCAACGGGUCGUGGACAGAGUGCGGGUGGCGAUGCAGCGCGGGCUACCUCCUCAAGGACGGUCAGUGCGUCGCGUGCGAGGGCAGGAAGCCGCGGGCGGCUCACUGGCUGCGGGAGGGCAGCAACGGGACGGCAUGCGGCUGGGCGUGUGACUUCGGUCACUAUCAAUCUCAGGGGGGAGGGAGCAAUGUCAACGCCAGCAAGUGCGAGAUGUUCCAGUACGGCAACCGAUACUACACCACCCUACAAGGCCACCGGCCUGACGAACCUUACCAGUGCAACACACCAUUGACCUUCAGCAGCAUCCCUGACGGCUGGGCGAUAGCUGCGAACACCUGGGACAGUCAGAUGGCGAUCGCGACUCAGCGGUGGGGAGUAUGUUACCUCCAGCUAUCCGACAGCUCUAUCUGGUACACCAGCAGCUGUCAAUGCUGUAACUACCCAUAUAGAUGGGGAUCCAACUCACUGAUCGGAUAUGACGGUAUGUAUCGAUCUUGGAACACGUGCAGCGACAUUCUUCUCAUGUCGCUCUUCUGUGCUCCCGGGUUCUACCUCUCCGGCUCUUACUGCUACCCCUGCUCCAACCCCAUCCCUGCCAACGCCAGCUAUGCUCUUCCUUCCAGCCCCAGCCAAUAUGCGGACAGCAAGUGUCCCUGGGAGUGCAAUGCCGGCUUCUACCGGAGCUCCGAGUGGAUGGUGUGCUUCCCCUGCACGAACCCCAUCCCCCCCUACGCCUUCUACUCUACCCCGGGCCUGCUGGACCAGCCCAACUCAUGCCAGUGGGCCUGCGCGAGCGGCGAGAGCCAUGGAGAGGCGUGUAACGUCAGUAACAGCUUGACGCACGUGGUGAGGUACCUCGGCAAGGUCUACGCAGCCUUCGACGACGUCGCUCCCACGUCGCUCAACCUCAGCUGCCAGCAUGACGGCUCCAGGUACCAGCAGCCUCCUGCGGGCUGGACGCUGGCGCCAUGGAGCGAGGAAGCUGUGAGAGUCGUCGGGUCGUACCCAUGGGGAGCUCGAGCCAUCGUGCUCGCCAACGGAGUCGCUUACCAGACGGCGCAGCCUUACCAGGACUACAUGAGCUACCAAACGCCCGGCACCCGCAUCUUCAGCAACAUGCUCUACAGCAGCGGCAACUCCUACGCCCUCUCGUCCUGCGACAACGGAUACUACGCCCUGCGGAUGCUGCUUGUGCGCCUAGAGUGUGAUGACGGCUACGUGGGCCGAGGCGAUCAAGACUGCACGCCAUGCUCGGGCAGCCUACCGGCCAACGCGGUAGCCUCCUCGGGACCAGGCGGGUGCGGAUGGACCUGUCGGGCAGGAUACUACAAGGCGUAUGAGGGAUGCGCGUCGUGCGACCCGAGGUAUCCCAAGCCAAGCAACGCUCUCUAUGUGGAAGCCGACGGGUCGAGCGGUCAGGUCUGCCAGUGGCGAUGCGGCACGGGUCACUAUCGCAGUCAAGGCGCUUGUGUGCCCUGCAUGAACGCUCCCAACUUCGCCUACUUCCUCGACGCCGCUGACGAGGAGUGCGCUUGGCGCUGUCAGCCGGGAUACUUCCAGUCAGGCACGCGUUGCCUCGCCUGCAAGCCCCCGCCGUCACCGGAGAGCGACGUCGUCGUGAGGCCAGCCUCCAUGCGGUGCAACAUCACGAGGUCGUGCAGGCAGGACUAUCCCGAUGCGAUGCUCUACCAGUGCGGCUGGAUCUUCGCCGUCACCUCUCGCAGCGGGGACGAGUACGCCGUGCUCAUGGACAACAUGACGGAGCCUUGGGACCCCCUGCAAGGGCCCUUAUCGAGCUCCAACCAGAGGCUUCAGUGCGGCAUGGUCCAGCUGCCGGCCGGCUGGCAAGUAGCUCCCAACGACACGGACACUGUUGAGGUCAUCGCACGCUACCCGUGGGGUCUCCAGCAGCUCGUGGUGUCCGACGGCACAGUCUACGCCACGUCAAACUACAACUACGUGACUGCUGGUCGCGUCAUGGCCCUCAACGGCUUGACCAAGUCUAUCCGAGCUGACGCUGAGCUGUACGCGCUGUCAUCAGGCCAGUACUGUCAGAACACUCGCAUCCUCAUCAAAAAGAUUCGCUGUGCUCCCGGCCAGUACGUCUCCGGGUCCUCCUGCAGGGCUUGCUCGACCCCUGUCUGCAACAGCGGGGAGCACGCGCUAGCCUGUCAGGAGCUGCAGGACAGCAUCUGCAGCUCAGCUCUCAAGCCCUGCACAGGCAAGUGCCGGUGCCAGCUGUUUGACGAGGCGAGAGGGUCCAUGUCCGACGGAUCGGCACUGUCAAGCCUGUACGAGGACGGGAGCAACUGCCGGUGGAUCAUCCAGCCUCCAGGCGCCUCCUCCAUCUCCCUCAACUUCACCUCCUUCGCCCUCGAGCCGGGAUACGACUUCCUCACGAUCAACGAGUGCAUCGGCCUCCUGGGAGCGUCGCUGGAGUGCUACGGGAGGACGGAGGUCGCCAAGCUCACGGGCCUGCACAAGCCCGGCAGCCUGACGGUGACGGCGAGCUCGCGGGUGCUGGAGGUUGUGUUCGAGGCGGACGAGAGCGUGGCGUAUCAGGGUUUCACGAUGACGUGGACUGCAAACAUCUCGAGCAACGCGCUGUCGCAGUACUGGUUUGUGAGCAGCAAGUACCUUCACUGUCAGAUGCUUCACACCUGGAAAGACAUCGUUCCGAGCCUCGAUACUCAUAACAGCACCUUCAAGAUGGGAGGCCUCGGACAGCUCAUGGUCAGACGCGAGCUCGAGGUGUGGGUGUGUAGCUACGUCGACGCGUGCGCGUUGGCUGGAGACGCCUUCUGCUACAUCUACGACGAGAAGAAGAAGCUCUUCGUCCCUUGGGACAUGGCGAGCCACCUGAAGCUCUUCUAG